AUGAGUCGCGUCCGUACCAAGACCGUCAAGAAGGCCUCGCGAGUGCUUAUUGAGAAGUACUAUACACGCAUGACCAAUGACUUCCACAACAACAAGCGUGUUUGUGAUGAGGUCGCUAUUAUUGGCAGCAAGCCGUUGAGAAACAAGAUCGCUGGAUACAUCACUCACUUGAUGAGAAGAAUUGAGCGUGGUCCAGUUAGAGGCAUUUCGAUUAAGCUCCAGGAGGAAGAACGUGAGCGCAGAGAUAAUUACAUGCCAGAGGUCUCUGCUGUCGAUCCAAUGCAGCUCACCUCGAUCAAGGUCGAUGCCGAUACCCAACAGAUGUUGAUCGACGCUGGAUUCAACCUCACCAACGUUACUGUUGACGAAGCCAAGAAGGGAAAGUAA